CAUUCCCCUCCUCUCCUCCUCGUCCCCGAAGCCCAGAUCCCCAACCGGGUCCCCGAACCCGACAAGGGCCGCCCGAGACCCGAUAAGCGAUGCCCUCCUCUCGCCGCCGGAGAUCGUGAGAUCGCCGCCGCGGCCCUCCCCGCCGGCGAUGACGUCCGCCGUGCUCGCCGGCCGGAAUGAGGUCCACCACCACCACCACCACCACUGGGCCGACGCCCGCGUCCCCCUCAUGCCCAAGCACGCCACCAACCCUAACCCUAGGCGGCACCACCGGCCGAGCCCCAGCAUCCCGCCGCCGCCGCCGCCGCAGCGGCCACCGGCGGCGACUGUGGCCCCGUCCGUGCCGGAUCCCUCCCCGUCGGGCCACGUGACGAUCCGCCCCUCCGAGCUGUCCCGCAGGGAGGCCCAGGUGCUCCGCGCGCGGCUCACCGGCGAGCUCAGCCGGGUCCGCGCCCUCCUCUCCGACAUCGACGGGUGGGAGGCGCGGCGGCGGCGGCCGGCGGAGCCUCCGCGCCAGCGGGGGCACGUGUCGCCGCCCCCGGCCCUCCAGGCGGCGAUGCGGAAGCGGUGCACGCAGAUCCUGACGCGGCUGCGGAAGCAGAAGAUCAGCGUGUGGUUCAACUCGCCGGUGGACGUCGAGCGGCUGAAGCUGCACGACUACCACGCCAUCAUCAGGAACCCCAUGGAUCUCGGCACCGUCAAGGAGAACCUCGCCUUCGGGAGGUACCCCUCGCAUGAGGCAUUCGCCACCGAUGUCCGCCUCACCUUCAGCAACGCGCUGCGGUACAAUCCGGCCGACCACCAUGUCCACCGCUACGCCAGUAACCUCCUCGCCACCUUCGAGGGGUUGUACAAGGAGGCCUUGUCCUGGUUCGAGCAGGAGUGCCAGCGUCUCGAGCCGCCAAUGCCGCUCGCUUUGCCGCCGCCGCCGCAGCCCCCGGUGCCUAUGCCGAUGCAGGCGCCGCCAAGGAUUGGGGGUGGGGGGAGGAGGCCGAAGCCCAAGGCGAGGGAGCCCAACAAGAGGGAGAUGAGCGACGAGGAAAAGCACAAGUUGAGGGUGGAGAUCGGGAAUUUGCCCGAGGAGAAAAUGGGGAAUGUGCUACAGAUUGUGCAGAAGAGGAAUACCGAUCCGGCGCUAAUGGGAGAGGUCGUUGAGCUUGAUUUCGACGAAAUGGAUGUCGAGACGCUGUGGGAGCUCGAUCGAUUUGUGGUCAAUUGCAAGAAGGCGCUCAGCAAGAGCCGGAGGACUGUCGCGAUGAACGGUGAUGCUGUUGAUGCGACUGCUAUUGUUCCAACUGAGGACGAUACCGUGCAGGUGAAUGUGCAUCAUCAGCCUUCGGUGGUUGAAAUUGGGGACUCGGAGAAUGACACGCCGGAGAAGAGGGUUUCAGAGGUUGAUAUGGUUGAUGAGUAUGUUGAUAUUGGCGAUGAGAUGCCGACGGCAAAUUACCAGUCGGUGGAGAUUGAGAGGGAUGCCCAGGUAGCGAGCAGCUCAAGCGGGUCUGAUAGUGGCUCGUCUGCAUCCAGUGAUUCUGACUCGAGGAGCUCUGGGGACUCCGAUUCAGACGGGGAUGAUGCCCAGUCUCCCGAUUAGGUGGUGCUUCUUCCUCUAACAAUAGGAUUUUAGUGGUUUUAUUAGGUGACUGAGGUCCAUUUUGGCAACGUAUUUUUAGUAGCGUGGUAUAGGAAAUUGGAUGGGUUCUUGUUCAAGUUGUUGUGAGCUAUGUUCGUGUGUGCGCCUGCAUUCACCUUAGGUUGUUGGUAGUAAUGGAUAGCUAGUUUAUGUGGGUAGUUUGGCAAACGAAGACCAUUGUAAAGAAGGGAAUAUAAUCGAAGGAAAAGAGAAAGGUAGCAAUGUGUUAGCAUUUAAUCAUGAGUUCGUCUCAAAUCAUCUUAUUAUGUUUU